AAUAAUACAUGGACUCGGGGCGCAGGAGUCCACUGCAGCAAAUACCCAAUGCAGUCAUUCAGAAAUUGGUUUGGUUGUCGUUAUCAGGGGCGGUUACGUUAACUCCAAGAGAAGGGGGCGGUUACGUUAACUCCAGAGGCAAAGUAAACAGUCCAGCCAGUUAACAUGAAACCCAGUUACCGUAUAACAGCGGCACACAGGAAUAGGUCCUCUAGAUUAUGAGUGGGCGGGUCCUUCGCUAAAGUCAGCGAGGAAGCAACAGCAGCCAGUGGUUUGACAUUCUUCCGGACGCAUCUUCCUCGACAGUGGAUUAAACAUAUUUUUUGAGAUUUUCUUGAUGAGAGCCCUGGCCAGCAGGCUGACUAUUAGCCAUGCUGCGGCACCACGAGCCCACAACCAGCACACUGCAUCUAGUGGCUUCGGACAUGACAGAGAUCAUGGAGAAGUUAGACACACGAGAGUUGGACAUGGGUGAUGGGGGGGACGAGGUGUUUGACGGGAUUGAUGCCGGCAACCCAGACCUCCGCAUCCCCUUCACCGCCAUCUACAACACAACAGGCUUCAAGGAGCCAGAGACACGGGUCUACAUCGAGACCCUCGGCAUCUCCGCCAAAAUCCUGGAAGUGGAGCGCCCCAGGAUAGCCCAGGACCGCUUCAAUGUCACCACCCAGAGGAGCGUGUCAAAGGUGCUCCCUGCUGUUUUUAAAAUUGAGAUGAAGCAUGGGAACUUCACCUGGAUUGUGAAGAGGAAGGAGAAACACUUCAUGGAGCUUCACCGGGAGCUGCGCACCUACAAGACUUUCCUGAGAAUCCCACUGCCCACUCGCAGUCACACAGAACGUCGGCAGACUAUAAACAGGAACUUGGCACGUCAGAUGCCCAGUCUGCCACGAGGGGGUGGGGAGGACCUGGCCAGGGAGGAGCAGGUGUCCAGUAGAAGGAAACAACUGGAAGAUUACUUGAAUAAGCUGCUGAAAAUGCCAAUGUACAGAAGCUACCAUGCUACAACAGAGUUCAUUGAUGUGAGCCAGCUGUCCUUCAUUCAUGAUUUGGGAGCAAAAGGCUUGGAGGGCUUUGUUUACAAGCGGUCCGGCGGUCACCGGAUCCCUGGGCUCAACUGUUGUGGCCACAGUAAAAUGUGCUACCGCUGGUCCAAACGGUGGCUGGUUGUGAAAGACUCAUUUCUGGUCUACAUGAAGCCAGACUCAGGGGCCAUCUCCUUUGUCAUGCUGGUGGACAAAGAGUUCUCGAUCAAAAUGGACUCCAAAGACACAGAGACUAAGCACGGGGUGCGCAUCGACAAUCUGAACAGGACUUUGGUGCUGAAGUGCAACAGCUACCGUCACGCCCGCUGGUGGGGGCAGGCCAUCGAGGACUUUGUUCAAAAGUACGGCAGCGCCUUCCUCACCGACCAGCGCUUUGGCUCCUUCGCCCAGGAGCAGGUGGACAUCCCAUCCAAGUGGUAUGUCAAUGGGAAGACCUACAUGGAGGAUGUGGCUAAUGCACUAGAGGAAGCAAAAGAAGAGAUCUUCAUCACUGACUGGUGGCUCAGCCCGGAGAUCUUCCUGAAAAGGCCUGUCGUCGAGGGCAACUACUGGCGCCUGGACUGCAUUUUAAAACGUAGAGCACAACAAGGCGUGAGGAUUUUCGUGAUGUUGUACAAAGAGGUGGAGCUGGCCCUGGGCAUCAACAGUGAAUACAGCAAAAGGACACUUAUGCACCUUCACCCAAAUGUCAAGGUGAUGAGGCACCCAGACCACGUGUCCUCCUCUGUCUACCUGUGGGCUCACCACGAGAAGAUCAUAGUCAUUGACCAGUCUGUGGCUUUUGUGGGAGGCAUUGACCUGGCAUAUGGCCGCUGGGAUGAUUGCGAACAUCGCCUGACUGACGUCGGGAGCGUCACCCGAGCUAUGCAGAAUGCAGAGGCAGAAACUGAGGCGUCUCCCACCAUGGCCUCACCAGCAAAAUGCCCAGCUACCAGCAACGGUAAGGGAGUCCUGCCGGCUGACUCGCUGGACCAGCCCAAGCUGAAGGGCCAGGGCCGCGGCCACAAGCCCCGCUUCAGCAUCCGCCGCCACCUGCACAAGCGCGGCCUGACCCACGCCGACAGCGUCAGCACUAUCGACAGCGAGGAGGGUUGGUCUAACAGCAUAUCCAGCGAACACAAUUUGAUACCAGGUAGAUGGAUGGAGUUGAAGGUGGCCUCACCUUCUGGUCCAUCACUGCCGGGGGCAGAGUCUGCCCAGAACAUGCAGGCUGAUGUUGUGGGGCUCCUUGGUAAUACCCGCUUCUGGCAUGGAAAGGACUACUGCAACUUUGUCCACAAGGACUGGAUCCAGCUCGAGAAGCCAUUUGAUGACUUCAUUGACAGGCAUACAACUCCCAGAAUGCCUUGGCAUGACAUUGCCUCAGUGGUCCAUGGGAGGGCAGCCAGAGACGUCGCCAGACACUUCAUCCAGCGCUGGAACUUCACCAAGCUUAUGAAGCCUAAGUACAGGUCUCUGUCUUACCCAUACCUGCUACCCAAGUCUCACACCACUGCCAAUGAGAUCAGAUACCAGGUUCCCAACUGCACCAAGACAAAAGUACAGGUUCUGCGAUCGGCAUGUGAUUGGUCUGUUGGUAUUAAGUACCACGAGGAGUCCAUCCACAAUGCCUACGUCCACGUGAUCCAGAAUAGCCAACACUAUGUCUACAUAGAGAAUCAGUUCUUUAUAAGCUGUGCAGACAACAAGCAUGUGUACAACAAGAUUGGAGAUGCUAUUGCUGAGAGAAUCAUCAAAGCUUACAAGGAGAACAAGAAGUACCGUGUCUACGUUGUCACCCCUCUUCUGCCUGGGUUUGAGGGGGACAUCAACACCGGUGGUGGCAGUGCUAUCCAGGCCGUCAUGCACUUCAACUACAGAACUAUGAAUCGAGGGGACUGCUCCAUCAUCUCGCAGCUGCGGAGAGAUAUGGGGGAUCAGUGGAUGAAUUACAUCUCGUUUGGUGGACUGCGGACGCAUGCUGAACUAGAAGGCAAACUGGUGACUGAGCUCAUCUACGUCCACAGCAAAAUGCUGAUCGCUGAUGAUAACACGGUCAUCAUUGGCUCGGCCAACAUCAACGACCGUAGUAUGCUGGGGAAGAGGGACAGUGAGGUGGCAGUCAUCUACCAGGACACAGAGACAGUGACGUCAGUGAUGGAUGGAGAGGAGUACCAGGCCGGACCAUUCGGGCUGCGCCUCAGAAAGGAGUGCUUCAGCAUGAUCCUAGGGGCCAAUACAGACAGCAGUAUCGAUGUGUCUGACCCAAUCAGUGACACCUUCUACAAGGAAGUGUGGAUGACCACAGCAGCAAUCAAUGCCACCAUCUACCAAAGGGUGUUCCGCAGCCUCCCGUCCAGUGACGUGCGCAGCAUCACUGAGCUGGAGGGCUACCUGGCAAAGCCUGGCCUGGACAAGGAGGACCCUGCGCGGGCCCAGGAGGAGCUCAAGAAGAUCCGUGGCUUCCUCGUCCAGUUCCCUCUUCAGUUCCUUAGCGAGCAGAACCUGCUGCCGCCCAUCGGUUCCAAGGAGGCCAUGGUGCCCAUGGAGGUCUGGACAUGAGCCGGCACACCAGUGAGCGCCGCCACCGCAGCCGGACCGUGGAUCGCAUGGGGAGGGGACUCGUAGAGGGGUGGAGAAUCUCGUCGUCAUCAUCAUGUAAUGACUUCUUGCCAUCCAGUCAGAAAUGUCAUUUUGAAGAUUGAAUGCCUCGAGUCAGGGCCACCAGCAAUGCCGUCCUGCCAUCCUACACAGAUGAAGGAGCUACUGCCUGGAUACGACCUCAGUCAGAAGACUAAAGGGAAUGAGCCACCACUCUUCCCAAGUAACGGUUAACCCAAUGCAUGACUCUUAUUCUAUCUGUCUUUCCUCAAUGUCUAUGUCAAUCUCUUCUAUUACCGGUACCUUUUAUAGUUUUUUUUUUUACAUUUGUAAUUAACAUAUUACAGUUGAACACUAUGCAAUUACAGUGAUGUUACACUGCAGUCUACAUUGUUUUCACACAGUGCAUUUUAAGAGAGGGAGGGUAUUGACUGAGAGGAGGGGGUUUCAACCCUGUGGGAGUUUCAGAUGUCUUAAAAGACAUAAUGAUUCAGUACUGAUAUACUAGACGAUAACACAGAAGCAUUACCAAGAAUGCCUUGUAAGCGUUUUGUUAAUGUGUAUGAUUAGAAAGCAAGAGGUGCAAUAACACAAGUGCCAAUUAUUAGGACCCUAACUUAUGCAGUAUAUUUUCUUUAACAUUCCUAAAUUUCAUUAGUUUCUUGUUUUUAUGUAUCUGCCUUUAAACCUUUUUUAACAUGAACAUUCUACUACAUAUUUUGUCUGUAGUUCUGACCCUAAUACUGUGAUCUUACUGAAAUGUAUUUCAUUUGCCUGUACUUGACCAUUAUAAAGCCAUGAUAAGGAUGCCAUGAUAAGGAUGCUUUUGGUGAUAACAGUCAUUUGAAAAAAGAAAGAAAACACUUUGUAGGAGUGCCUUCAGAAAAGGGCGCUUUUGCCAUUCAUUUUUUUGGAAAUGUGGCAUGCCGUCUUUGGUGAAUCAGUAUGGUAUGGUGUCGAAAAUUGUUCAUUUGCCAAUUUUGUCUACUUGUGGAAAAGUCGAUGGAUAGGUGUCUACUGUCUGUGCGUGAAUUCUCUUGGCUCACUGGCUGAUGUGAUCACUGGCUGUAAGUAGGCCCUGGAUAACAGCAUGGCAUUCAGCUGUAACUUCCUAUUUUCAUGCAGUUUAACGCAAGUCAUUAAUUCUUAAUUACUUGUCAUAAAUAAUGUGAUGUGCUUCGGUCCAGUGCAUGCAUCACAAAGAAAAAAAUAAUACUUUCCAUCACAGAGUGUUGUGAUUACUUUUAAGCUAUCUCUGGGGAUCUUAAAUUAAAGUCUUGUCUUAAAGUCUGACUGGCUAAAUAAGUUAAGUAUAUCUAUAGCUGUUUGGGGACCAUAACACUCUUUUUCUAACUGUGUCUUGUCUUUCUCUUGAGGAUAUCUGUCUCUUCCUUUGCAAGGUAUUACUUUCACAUGUAUUGCCUUAUGUUGUUUUUGCACAGAAUGUCAAAUGUGUUGUAAAACCCAAUGAAGAUCUUCCUUGAUGAUAUGCAUCAUCUGUGUGCAUUGAUGUACAGGUUAUGCAAAUAAUUAAAUGCAUAUGAUUUCCAUAC